CGUUUUUACUCCAUUACGCUCCUAUAAGAGUGAACGCACCAUCUUCCAGCUUCUCCCCAUUGUUCACUUGUUGCACCAAGUACUUUGAUCACUUGAACAUGUCUGAUAUCAUCAUCCGCGAGGUUACGGAGGGUAUUUGGACUUUCUCCAAACCCUUCUUGCGUCUCAACGUUCUUCCUAUCGGUGGUCGUUCGACGGCCGUCAGACUUUCCAACGGCGAUGUCUGGGUCCUCGCCUCGACGCCUUUAACUCCGGACACGAAAAAGACGCUGGAGAACCUCGGCCCGGUAAAGUAUAUCGUUGGCGCGGAUUCCGUACAUCACUUGUAUCUCGGCGAGUUUAAAAAGGCCUAUCCCGAUGCAAAGCUGGUUGCUGUCGAGGAAGCUGUCGAGAAGAAGAAGGGUGAAGGGCUGGACUUUGCUGGGUUCUGGGGCGACAAGCAGCAAAACCCCAAGUUUGGCUUCGAGGACGAGAUUGAAUCAUGUUACUUCUCCGGAUUCAAGAACAAGGACGUUGCAUUUGUCCACAAGCCAUCGAAGACGCUCAUCGAAGCCGACCUACUGUUCAACAUGCCCGCAUUGGAACAAUAUUCGCGGUCAUGGUUCUCCGGUCGCAUUCCUUUCAUUGGUAACAUUGACCCUUACACCGCGAGUCACAAGCGCAUGAUGUGGCGGCUCGGCAUGGACAAGGAAGCCAUGAAGCGCGACGCGCAGACGGUUGCCGACUGGGACUUCGAGCGAAUUAUCCCUUGCCACGGUGAUGUCAUCGAGAAGGAUGGAAACAAAGCCUGGCGUGCAGCAUACGAGUACUACCUCAAGUGAGAGUUGCGCGACUGUUUCUAUUUUUGUAUGGAAUAGGGGGGGUGAAAUGUUUCAACUUUAUUCAGCCUAUAUUGUAUCCGCAGUGUUUGUCUACAUUUUUCAAGUGUUCUAAAUAGUACUAUAUGCACCU